AUGGAAGCCACUUCAGCACGAAUGGCUUCGCGGGGCCAGUAUCAGUUCGACGGCUUCUCUCCUCCCCAGUCAACCCUGCAGCGCUUCAUAUACAAUGCCUGUGACCCAGUUGCAAACCUCGAACCUAAUCUGGCCCUGAACCUAGAAAUCGUCGACCUGGUCAACUCCAAGAAAGGCAACGCUCCUCGCGAGGCUGCCGUCACAAUCGUUCAACUUAUCAACCACCGCAAUCCUAAUGUCUCGCUGUUGGCGCUCUCCUUAUUGGACAUUUGUGUCAAGAACUGCGGAUAUCCCUUUCAUUUACAGAUCAGUACCAAAGAAUUCCUGAAUGAGCUUGUACGGCGUUUCCCUGAACGGCCUCCGGUGCGCCCGAGCCGAGUUCAAAGUAAGAUUCUAGAAGCCAUCGAAGAAUGGCGGCAGACAAUAUGUCAGACUUCGAGGUACAAGGAGGAUCUGGGGUUUAUACGAGACAUGCACAGGCUGUUGUUGUACAAAGGCUACAUGUUCCCUGAGAUUCGCCGGGAGGAUGCCGCAGUCUUAAAUCCCAGUGAUAACCUCCGGUCUGCAGAGGAAAUGGAAGAAGAGGAUCGAGCAGCUCAAUCUGCAAAGCUACAGGAAUUGAUCCGCAGAGGGAGACCUCAAGAUCUGCAAGAAGCGAACCGUUUGAUGAAAGUUAUGGCAGGCUAUGACACGCGGAACAAGACAAACUAUCGAGCAAAAGCGGCUGAGGAGGUUGCCAAAGUACAACAAAAGGCCAGGAUCCUGGAAGAGAUGCUGCAGAACCACAAGCAAGGUGACAAGAUUGGUGAUGGAGAUGUGUUCGAAGAACUUGCCGCAGCCCUUCAAAGUGCGCAUCCAAAAAUCCAGAAAAUGUGUGAAGAGGAAUCCGACGACGCUGAAGCUGUGGCCAAGCUUCUCGAGAUCAACGAUAGCAUUCACCGGACCAUAGAACGAUACAAGUUGAUGAAAGCUGGCGAUGUUGAAGCGGCCAACAAGAUUGCCAGAGGCACACUGGGUACCACCACUGGUGUUGGCAAGAACGCAGCAAACGAACUGUCUCUGAUUGAUUUUGACCCGGAACCCACAGCAACUGUAACAGCGCCAGAUACCGAUACGAACGGCUCUCUUUCCCUCCUGGAUGCUGGGGCACCGCCAUCAACGACUGCACCAUCAAAACCUCACACGGUCGAGGACGAUUUGCUCGGCCUUUCCAUAGGAGACAGCAGUGCUGGGCUGGGGACCCUGGGCGCCAUCUCUCUAGGUCAAAACACAACAUCGGGGACCCCUUCGGGGUUGAUCUUCUCAAACACCCCCAGUCCCUCAAUAAACCAGCAAGCCAUCCCUCAGCCAGCAUCUCGACCCAACUAUGAUGCAUUUGCAUCCCUCACGAGCGCACUGCCGUCGUCUAAGCCAGCAACGCCUGUGCCAGCAGUGCAGCAACAACGGCCAGUCAGUCAAGCCCACAUCGACCCAUUCGCAUCGUUGGUCUCUUCUAGUUCGAGACCAGCGACACCGGGUUGGCAAGCGAAUUUGCCUCAGCCAACAAUGCAACAAGUCCCAGCCAACACGACGGCCUCCACAGGCGUUGCCGACGACGAAUGGACUUUCGAGUCAGCCUUACCAGUCAGUACAAUUGUGAAAGUACUGUCAUCAGAUGUUGAAAUCGAAUUUGAACCUCGAAGACUUGCUGGUGCCUCGGGCAUUCAGAUAACGGCAAGGUUUUCCAAUUCAACUGCUCAACGUAUCACCGGCCUGCACUUCCAGGUCGCAGUAGAAAAGAGCUAUUCGCUGCAAUUGAAACCACAAAGCGGACGUGAAAUGGCACCCAGAGCACGAAACGCAAUUCAGCAAGAGAUUUUGCUCAAUGGAGUACCGGCGGGAAAGGGAAAUGUGGUGAAGAUGAGAUUUAAGGUGUCGUAUGAAGUCAACGGGCAGGCUCAAGAACAGCAAGGGAAUGUCCCGUCAUUGGGUAUUAGCUAG